AGACAUGUUUUUCUUUUAUAAAUACGAAUUUAACCAGUAAACGUGUCUAAUUAUAAAUGAAGCUGACUCAUUAACAUCAUGUCAAAACUAAUUAUAAUUCUGACAAUAAUAACAGCUAUCUGACUGGAAAUUUAAUAAACAUAACGUUCAAAUACAUUGUUCUGUUCGAACUGUCAUUCACAGUGUUUACAAAUACAGAGACGUUAUAGGAACUUAAUGAUUGUGAAUAAUUAAUAUAUACUAAAUAGUGUAAUUUCAUGGUUUUUGAAUUUUACACUUCUAUAGCAAACAAAAUGAUUCGUUGUAUUUAAAAAUGGUAAAUUAAUUGACAGUUAUUGACAUGUCAUCAAAUUUAUAGCAAGGACAUAAAUAUUGUGAUUAUUUUAAUAAUUGACGAAAUAGAAAUAAACAAUGGCUGAGUGUAUUGAUUGUCCAAAAGAAACACAAAAUGGAAAUCAUCGAUCAUUAUUUUAUAAGAAGCCGAUAAGUAGAAAUAAUUUUAAAUUAGAAAUAGAUUACGAUGAUUCACCACAGGAAAUAAGGCGACAAAAAUUUCUCGAUCAGCAGAAACGGAAUCGAGAGUCUGGUUAUAAUAGUACUAGAGGAAUUUUACCUGAUGGCUACAAUUCUGAAGAUGAAGAAGAAGCAGUAGAAGAAAUGGACGUUGAUAUUAAGAAAGGAAAGAGGAAAUUUUUUAAAUAUCGCCAUAAAUUUUAUGAAAAUCAUUUAAUGUUAUCAGAAUGGUUGUUAGAAGUUCCUGAAGAUUUUAUAGACAAAUGGAUAAUGGUUCCUUGUCCAGAAGGUCGAAGAAUUCUCCUAGUCGCUCGAAAAGGUAAAACUAAAGCAUACAAUAGACGUGGCAGAAUAAUGGCAACUUUCAGUUCAGCUCUUCCCGGUGGUUCUUCGGAAGAUUAUAAAAGUAGUUGCUCUAUGUUAGAUUGUAUUUGGCAGCCACGGGAGAAAAAAUAUUACGUUAUGGAUAUUUUAGCAUGGUCCGAUUAUCCACUUACAAAUUGUGAUACGGAAUUUAGGUUUUAUUGGCUACAACGUCAAUUGGGUGAAAUAAAGGAAUUAGAAGAGAAAAAUUUGAUAAAUAAUUUUCCAAUUUUACCUUUACAAAGAGCAUUCUGUGACACUGAUUUGUGUUCCAUUUUAGAAAAUUUACCACCAAUGUCUUUAGAUGGAAUUUUAUUUUUUCAUCGUGAAGCAGAUUAUACACAUGGACGAACUCCACUUGUAACGUGGCUUAAACCCUUUAUGUUACCAGAAAUUUUAGGUAUUUCUGUACCCUCCUCAAUGAGCGAAAAACCAAAUGGAUACAUUGACCUAGAGCAUUAUAUUUCAAAAAAGAAAAAAACUUGUGAUCUUAUGGAGACCGUUUCCGAUGAAACUUCAUAGAUGUAUAAUUAUUUUAUUUUUCGACGAUUUUUUAUUUGUUUUUUUGGAAGAAGUAUAUUUAUAUUUUGUGUUACAACAUUUAAAACAAAAUGAACUACCAAGUGUUUUAUGGAAUUACAAAAAACGUAAUAAAUAAAAAAAAAACUACGUUUACAUAAAAAAAAA